AUGGAAAAAAGAUUUAUGCCUCCUUUAAAAAAGUAUCAAGCCCAUUUUGAAAACAAAUCGGCAUUUGACACAAUUUCAUUGGAUGAUGCCAUCAAGGAUAUUCUUGUGGCACUAUAUACAAGCAUUUUUGUACAUAAAGAAUACUUUGAUCUAUUAUGUAUCCAAGACAUUUAUAAACGAUUAUCACCUAUUAACUUGUUAUUGGAUCAUGAACAAACAGAACUUUCUUACCGUGAAGAUUUCAUCAAUCCAAUAAUUGCAAAGUUUUGA